AUGCCGAUUUCAAUGGAAUUCCACACAAAUUUGACGAGAGUGAGUUCAAUUUAAUUAUUUAUCAAUUUUGAUUUUAAACAAUUGUUUUCAUGAAAAUAUUUUCAGUUGACAAGAUGCACGAGAAAUGUUGAAGAAUGCGUCAAAAUAGAGAGAAAAAUUGGGGAUAACGAAGCAAUUAUUGAAGGAAGAUGUGCUCAUAGUAUUCAUGAAUGCAAAGAUGGUUUAACUGUAAGUUUUUGAUAUUCGAAACUUGCGAAAAACGCAUAGCCAAAUUUUUAGUGCACAACUCAAACGGAAACAGGAGACUUCAAACAAUCCGUCACCAAAUGCUGCUCAAAGGGAGACUCAUCAAACAUUGGAGACAAACCGUAUCACAAUUACCUCGUUUUACUUCACUUUCUUACGCUGUGCUAUUACAUUAAUUUUUUAGGCUAG